AUGCCUACAAGACGAGAAAUGAAUCGUGUCCGCGUAGUCCUUGACUGGGACGGCACACUCACCGAGCGUGACACGCUGCACAAUGUCGCCGCGAUCGGCUAUAGGCGCAAUCGGCAUCGUGAUCUGGUGCCAUGGGACCAAAUAGUCCAGGCUUACCUGUCGGACUACGCUGAGCACGAGGCCGCGUAUCGCCCGGUGAAGAAGGACCGCGGGGAGAUUACCCAGGAGAGCGCGUGGCUGGCGAGUUUGAGAGAAGUCGAAAUGCGAAGUGUAACCAGGGUGCGAGACGCGGGGAUCUUCGCGGAUGUCACUGAACAAGAUAUCCGCGUGGGAGCAGAGGAUUCGGUACGGCGGAAUGAGAUCCAACUCCGAGAUGGGUGGGAUGAAGUUCUCUCACUCGCGCAUCACCAUCCAGGGGAUGAAGUUGGAGAUCACCAUUCGUCUCUCGUUUCCAUCAUCAGCGUGAAUUGGAGCGCCGCCUUCAUAAGAGCAUGUCUAUCUGCAGCUCUUGGGGACGUUCCAUCGGCCAUGAAAAGCGCAGCAGACUCCCUCCCGAUUCUCUCCAACCGCCUCCCGUGCGAAACACCGGGCGACGUCUCAGAGCCCGUUAGCAUCCGAACCAGCGCCGAUAAACUCGCCGCGUUCCAAAACCUGCGAGGUAAAGAAGACGAAGAAGAUGGUCCUGUUUUCUACGUGGGCGACUCGGCGACAGACUUUGAUUGCCUCCUGGCUGCUGAUGUGGGCAUCUGUGUGCGUGAUGAGCCGAUGGGCAGCGGGCAGGCCGCGUUGAAGGAGAGUCUGGAGCGGGUGGGCGUUGAGGUGCUGAAGCUUGAUCUACACACAUCGACUAGGGAUCUAAAGGGAGUCGCUGGUCGAGGCGGGGGCCAAUGGGUAAAAAGCAGUAAGCGCGUCGUCUGGUGGGUGUCGAACUUGAGAGAAGUAGCGAGCUUCGCCGAGAAGUUACACAACGAUCUAGAUUGA